UCCAGCGGCAGAGAUUUUUAAGGAAACUACAACCUAUUUCGGGAUUUGCCCUAAUCUCUCUAUUUUCUCUCCCAGCCGCAUGUGGCUUUGAUAUAUCUUCUUUUUAUGUUUCUCCUGACUAUUUUGCGCUAUUUUUGGAGAAGAAACCAGACCUUAGAGUUGGAGACUUGAGAUUUUGCUACUUUGUAAAGGGAGAAGGCCAUCUCUCUCGACUUAGAGAAGAACCCCCCUGAACCCUAUUACUUUAUUUCAGUCAUAUUUCAUGUUGCUUUAUAUCUCUGUCUCUGUGUUUUCUUGCUUCAUGGCUGAGUAGUCAGCUUGCUUAGUCUAGGGUGUUAGGGUGUUAGAUCUGUGAGCUUGACAUAAAUAAGUUAAAUCUCGAUUGUCUUCAUUCACUGUUGUUCUUAAGGCUUGCAUCAAGUUAACCACUUAGUGCCUGAUUCUAGGUUUAAUCUAUUCAUCAAAAGUGUUAUAGGUUGCUAGACAUAACUUGAGUGAGCAUCAUAUCCCUAACUAGCGAAAGUAGAUGUUAGGGUGUUUUGUGAACAUAUCGGACUUGAUCUUAAUGUUUGUCAUUGCAUCUCAGUCCAAACGACAGUUUAGGUACUGAGAUCGAUUGACAAAAGGUGAAGCACCACGACAGUGGGCUGAUCUAUCUUAAGUGAUCCGAGUUCUAGACUGGUAUUUAAUCGAACUUGAAUAAUUGUUUGGCUCACACUUGUUUAACACCCGACCAAACCACCCUAGGCUAGCAUUUUAAUCAUCUGAAAUCUUUAAUUAAUCUUAUUACUUGCUUGUUACGAAACCUUAAUCUCAAAACCCCAUCAUUGUUUUAGCUAAGUAUUGAUCCUAUAAAGAUAAAGUGUACUCGUUGGUCUCUGUGGAUUCGAUCCUAAAGUGCUACAUCGACAUACCAUUCGAUUGUGGUAGUGUGCACAUUAGGUUAAUUGGUGUGCGUAUACACGUAAUAUCAACAAGCCUCUGGUGGUUAUCGGCGGCGGAGACGGGGCAGCGGAGACUCGGCGAUGGAGGAGGCGAGAUACGUUCAGGGCGUCGAAGAUCAUGCAGCAGAGAAAGGCGUGCUUGGUGGUUUGAAGGUGAAGAACGUUGUUACUGGUGAUGUUUCGGAUUUGAAAGUGUCUGGGUUGUUCUUUGCGAUUGGUCAUGAGCCGGCAGCGAAGUUCUUGGAUGGGCAGCUUGAGCUUGAUGAGGAUGGGUAUGUGGUGACCAAGCCUAGUACCACUAAGACUAGCGUGGUUGGUGUGUUCACUGCUGGAGAUGUGCAAGACAAGAGCUAUAGACAGGCCAUUACAGCUGCAGGAACUGGUUUGUUUUCCACAUCUCUAUUUAUGUUUAUAGAAAAGUAGAUAAUAGAGUAUCUGAUAUUUAAUUGUUGCUUAAUUACAUAGUGGUUUGAGGAACCCUUUUUAGCUUUUUGAAAGUCAUUAGCUUUUAUUGAUGGAACCUGUUCAUCUGCUCAAUGUGGUUUGUGUUGUUUACUAUUUCAUUUGUGAGACCAUUUUAAGUGGUUUCAUGAGUAGUUUGUUGAAGUGAACAAUUUUUUAAAAAUGUAUGAUUGCUCUGUUCAAA